UCAAAACUAAACAUGAUUGCGCUGUAUUUGUUGCUCGCCAUACCACUGGCUCUGUACAGCAUUUAUUUUAUAUCAAAACGAAAAUAUCAGUACUGGGAACGUAAGAAAGAAGGUGUCACAUUUGCCACCAAAACCUAUAUUGGGAAAUUUCUCCGAAUACAUUCUCCAGAAGAAAUACUUUGGACGAGUAGAACAGGAAUUAUGUCAAACAUUCCCAGAAGAACCAUACGUUGGCACUUACUUAGGCACAGAACCAACCCUCAUCGUGCAAGAUCCAGAACUCAUCAAGGCCGUCAUGACAAAAGACUACUAUUACUUCAGCGGCCGUGAAGCUUCAAAUUACUCCGAAAAAGAAUUGAUAACGCGAAAUCUUUUCUUCAGUUAUGGUGACAAGUGGAAGGUACAAAGGCAAAACUUAACGCCUCUGUUCUCAUCCGCCAAAAUGAAGAAUAUGUUUCAUUUAAUUGAGAAAUGUGCUCAUGUCUUCGAAAAUCUCAUCGACCAGGAAGUUCAGAAAAGCAAUGACAUUGAAGUGAGAGCCCUAAUAGGAAAGUUCACGAUGGAUGCCAUUGGAAACUGUGCUUUUGGUGUAGAGACCCGCACUAUGGUGAAGACUGAAAACAAUCCAUUCACAAAAAUUGGCAACGUUAUCUUCGAUACUAAUUGGUUCAGAGCAUUCAAGCUUGUCGCGAGAGGUAUUUGGCCAGCCAUCUUUUAUGGUUUGGGGUACAAAUCUCAACCUGUUGAUGUUGACAAGUUUUUCACCAAUUUGAUGACUGAAACAUUCAAAGGAAGAGACUACAAGCCAACUACAAGAAACGACUUUGUUGAUCUUAUGUUGAAGCUGCAUAAUCAAAAAACAGUGACUGGUGACAGUAUGUCGAAUAUGAAGGGUGAUGCGGGGAAAAAACUGACUUUAGAAAUUGAUGACGAAUUUUUGAUCUCACAAUGUUUCUUGUUCUUUGCUGCUGGAUUUGAGACAUCGGCGACCACGUUGAGUUACACUUUGUUUGAAUUGGCAAAGAAUCCUGCAGCUCAAGACCUGGCGUUCCAGGAUGUGGAGAACUAUUUGCGUCGCAACGACAAUGUAUUGAAAUACGAGUGUGUUACCGAGUUGCCUUACGUGGAAGCGUGUGUCAAUGAAGCUCUUCGUCUGUACCCUGUUCUGGGAGUCAUAACUCGAGAAGUAAUUGAAGACUACACAUUCUCCACAGGAUUGAAAUUAGAGAAAGGUAUUCGGGUACAUUUACCGGUGUACCAUAUGCAACACAAUUCUAAAUACUUCCCUGAACCUGAGCAGUUUCGACCGGAGCGGUUUCUGGGUGACGCUAAGCAAGAAAUCAGACCAUACACGUACUUUCCAUUCGGAGAAGGCCCUAGACUUUGCAUUGGAAUGAGGUUUGCAAAGAUGCAGAUUACAGCCGGAAUAAUAACUUUACUGAAGAAAUAUCGAGUGGAACUCGCAACAGGCAUGAGCGAAAAAGUCCAGUUCGAGCCACGAUCUGUAAUCACUGCACCUAUUGGAGGAAUCCGACUGAAAUUCAUCGAACGAGAGGGCUGGCAACAACGUGUGUUGAAGGUCGCAUCAUAAGUCUGAGUUAGUUUUAUUCAUAGUCCGUUUUAAAAAAAUCAACUAUUGAAUUGUUUGAGAAAGAAUCUUGACGCGCUAUUGCCAUGCCAUUUCAAAAAAUAGAACGGCGUAAUUAAAAAGCAUUCAUUUAUCCAUAUUCAAUUUCUUGCCACCUUCAAUUGGUUGACAGAAACAUAUAUAUGUGUGGCUUGUCGGCAGAAGGUUCAACCUAUACACACAAAACAGAAGGUAUAACUUCAGACCCUCGAUUAACUAACAGUGUUAUUCUUCUGCCAUCGCCCUUUAUUGUCAUAGAUCAGACAAAUUCAUCUCAAGGUACUUGUCACAUACUACGACUGCCGAAUAUCUGGGUGCCAUAGCAGUCAGACAAGAUAUUUGAAAUGUAGGUAAGAAAAAGUUUCUUUCAGUACAGAACAACAGAGUUCUAGAGAGGGCCAACACUCUUGAAUUUUCUGCUGUGUCGAGAGUGCGUUUACAAACAUACAAUUUCACAUACAUCUCAUGUGUGUGUGUGAAAUUGUAUCGCAUUUAUAA